AUGUCGAGAUCAAGCGAGGGGUAUCUUUGGACCAAGUCCAAUCUCGCCGAGGGCCUCCCAACACAAGCAGUAAUCCCGAGCACGGCGAAUCUCAAGCCCAGUUACGAUGUGAUCAUCAUUGGCGCUGGGUUUGCCGGGCUACGAGCGGCUCGGGAGCUCGUCCGCCAUCAUGCAUUGAGCGUGUUGAUCAUCGAGGGCCGAGACCGUAUUGGCGGUCGAACGUGGACGGCUGAAGCGUUUGGAGAAUCUUUUGAAAUGGGGGGGACAUGGGUACAUUGGAAUCAGCCCCAUGUAUAUGCCGAGCUACACCGGUACAACCUCCACAAAAAUCUGAAAUCAACGGCCGGCAGCACUGUAGCCCAGAAGACAUAUUACAAGGGCCCAGGAGUCGAAGUGCAAGAAAUUGAUGGAAGCACUCUUGCUGGAAUCACCCAAGCUGUCGCCGAAAAGUUUUUUACCAUCGACGGCCUGUCCAGCCGCGAGCUGAUGCCGUAUCCCCAUGAUCCUUUCCGAGAGCCGGGUCCGUGGAAAGCGUAUGACCAUCUCACGGCGCGGCAGCGCCUUGAGCAGCUUGAUCUCCCCACUCUCCACAAAGGCUACUUCGAAAGCAGCAUCAACACGUUCGGCAGCGCGCCUAGUACGGAGAUCGGAUUUGUCGAAGCGCUCCGCUGGUACGCCUUGGGUGGCCACAACAUGGCCCAGGUGUUCGAAAAUGCCGGCGCCUACAAGCUGGGCAACGGUGGCAUGACCUCAUUCGCUCGUUCCAUCCUCGCAGACGCACGGAGCGACAUUCUCCUCAACACGGUCGUCUCUGAGAUCAUUCAGAACAACGCUUCUAGUGUAGUGAUUAAAUCCGAGAAUGGACGCACCUUCGAAGCAAAAAAGGUCAUCAGCACCAUUCCACUGAACUGUCUGAGUGGCGUCAAGUUUUCGCCUCCACUGAGUCCAUUGAAAUGCGAAGCAAUCGCCAAAGGACAUAUCACCAAAGGCGCGAAGAUUCACUUCAAGCUUGGGUCGACUGAACCAGGGUGGUUCGCGGCGUCUGCGGAUUCCGCCAACUCGUCUUUCUGCUUUUCCUUGUCGGACCACAAUGGUACAAGCUCAGCCGGACCGUGCGGCACCUACGCCAUUGGCUUUGGAUACAGUGGGCGCCUGCAAACCCUCCGAGACAGCAAACACAUCAUCGAGCGGUUCAAGAAGGAACUGCGUCCAGACGCCGAGGUUGAGGGCUAUCUCACCCACGAUUGGACGAACGACCCGUUAGCCAAGGGUGCGUGGUGUUGUUGGGGCAGCGACUCCAUGACAAGGUAUCUCCAGGAGCUGCAGAAGGCGCACGGAAACGUCUUCUUUGCGAGUGCCGACUGGGCUGACGCAUGGCGAGGCUUCGUUGAUGGGGCACUCGAAAGUGGCCUAAAGACAGCACAAGACGUGGCGAGGGAAUUGAACGUGGGUCCAGAACCAAGGUUGUAG